AUGACCGGGAAACAAACAGGGAACCGGCAGCAAUUUAGCUACGUCAAAACUAAGCAGCAGUACAUUGCAAUCGAAACGGCAGAUUGUAAGAGACAUGGGUAUGUACUUACCGAAACGACGUUAGGAACUGGCGCAUACGCAAAGGUAAAGCUGGCACGAGUGGUAGAAAAGAAACUCGAGCGAUAUGAGCGGCUAAGAACUGAUUUGAAAGAUAAGGGGCACAAUUUGGUUGCGAUAAAAAUUAUUUCGAAGAAGGAAGCUCCAUCUGAGUACAUUAAUAAGUUCAUGCCUCGAGAAGUGGACGCCUUAAAGGUCACCUACAAACACCCAAACCUCGUCCAGUUGUAUGAAGUGUUUCGGACAGACAUUCGUAUCUACCUGGUGGUGGAGUAUGCCCCAAAUGGUGAUAUCUUAUCGUACAUAAACGAAUGCGUACUGCAGAAUGGAUGUGGGAUAAAGGAAGACAGAGCUAGACACCUUUUCAAGCAAAUAAUCGCUGGCGUAGCACACUGUCACAACCUUAAUGUUGUUCACAGGGAUUUAAAAUGUGAAAAUAUUCUACUAGACGAGAGUGAUAACAUCAAAAUUACAGACUUUGGCUUCGCGUGCCGGUUCCCAACAAAUCGCUGUAACAUGCUAUCAACAUUCUGUGGAUCGUACGCAUAUGCGGCCCCAGAGAUUCUAUCGGCUAGCAAUUACGACGGCAAACUAGCGGACAUAUGGAGCUUAGGUGUGGUACUGUAUGCGAUCGUUAAUGGAAGACUUCCGUUCAAUGACCAGAACCUUACAACUCUCCUUCAACAGACCAAGAAAAGGCCUCACUUCCAGCCUUGGGUUUCUAAAGAUUGUGCUGAUUUAAUUCGGAAGUUAUUGCGACCACGCCCUCUUACACGACUGCGUAUGCAUGAAAUCAAACACCAUCCCUGGGUUCGGAAGCAGGUUAUGAAAGUGGACCCCUCAGACUAUGGGUUUACUAGGCCUAUUAAUGGUGCUGGAGAUGAAACCCAGUCAGAGGAAUCGACAGAGUCGUCAGUCGACAGUACGCCACCUAAAGAGCAACAUGUAAUAGUUCUACUACCGAAUGGCGAGACAACACGAAAGAACAUUAACCAGUUGGCUCCACGCAUACUUUCACCAGGAAAACCAGUAAAAGGGGCAGAGGGAAAAGACAAAACAAGAACUGAAGAACUCAACAAGACAUACUUACAACCAAAGUCGAUACUAAAAACUCGGACUGGUUCAGUUACAAGCAAAGCAGACACUGAGGAGGCUCGUACUAGAAUGAAGAACUUGUAUCAAAGAAUCUUACAACCAUCUCUGAAAGAAGAUUACAUUUUUGAAGUCGUAGAUGAACAGAAAUACAGGGAGCGUGGUUGUAGGUCUUCAUGCCCUUCAGCAAGUCCAACAAAAUGCAUUAAUUCUCCUCCAAAAUCACCUCUUGUAGACCAACGGUGCAACACACAAAAAUGUGCUUCCCCAUCUCAUCAGAAAUCACAUAGACGAAGUCUUGCCUCAAAUAAACCACUGUUAAGUACAGAAACAGAGGCAACGCUUAUUCCUGUCUACCAACGAGAGGUACCCGCAAGACAACCAUAUGAAACAGACUACACUCGCAUCACAUAUCGUCUCGGUUACCCUCCAUGUCCAUCACCGACAAAAUUGGAGGGUCAAAAGAGUCCACCUAAGGAACCAAAAGCACCGCCACCACCUCCUCAAAGAAAAGACCAUAUGGAGCAUGAAACCCCACCAGUGGCAAGUAAAGCAUCUCCUUCCAGGAGCAGCAGGCACGAGUUCCAAGGCACUCCAGUGGUGGCACGUACUUGGGAUAGGAGGCUAGAGUCCCCCAGCCCAAUUAACACUCCUGUACCAAGUCCUGUUCGAAGCCCCGAACACUCCAGUAAGCGAUAUAUGUUGCUUCGACGUCGGGCCACAAAACCACCCAAGAAAAUCAAUGACCCAAAGACACAACUGUUGUUUCGACGGCUAUGUGGCUUUCCAAAUCUAUCAUAA